AUGGCUGCAGCUGCCGCCAACCCGCCAGGCUUUCCUACGAAGACCCGCGUCGCCAUCCUGGCCGAGUUGGACAAGGAGAAACGGCGGCUGCUCCAGACUCAGUCUCUGGGCGAGCCUGGAACCAAUACGCCUCUGUCCUCCAGAGGUGGCGGGGCGAAGGAGGCUAGGGACAGCGCGGAGCAACAGCACAUCGCCGCCCAGCAGAAGGCCGCACUGCAGCACGCCCACGGACAUUCGUCAGGGUUCUUCAUCACCCAGGACUCGUCAUUCGGGAACCUCAUCCUCCCGGUGCUUCCACGUCUUGAGCCCGAUUUGUAG